AAAAUUAACAACAACAGACCAUCACAUCGUCCGCCAUCUUGGUUCAAACAAACGCGCAUGCGCAGAUUUAAAAUUUCCCAGAGUUCCACAUCCAAGAUGGCGACUCGCUUACCGUUUGUUCGUGGAAGACUUCUUCAUGUUUGCAAGUUGUAUUCUACACAUGGAGCUAGAUUAAGCUCAACAAUGUCAUCUGAACCACCCAAAAUUCAGCCAGGUACUGCUCGGCCAAAAAUCCCAUCAGGAUUUGCUGAGAAGGCUGCACAGACCGGCGUUGACAAAACCCGGAUCGGAACGGAACAAAUUGGAUCAGAACAGAUCGGAUCGGAAUAUGGAGAUGACAGAAAGUUUCGCAAUGUUUCUGGUGAUGACAAUAAAACCUACAUGAAUGAAGAGUAUUUCUCAUACAAUCAAGAUUCCUUCUAUGAUAUUGAGAUGGUCAUUGAUGCAACUGGGGCUAGACAGAAGCAACCAGACCCCAAAGUUCCCUACCAGCACACUGAGCCGUGGAACAAAGCAGCAAAGGCCUAAGAUAACUAAGCCUGCACUAAACUCUUAAGGAAAACAAAGAUUUCCAGUAUAUGUAAAAUUAUUUCCUUGUGUAAAUUUUGAAUAAAAUGCUAAUAGCUACUGUA